ACUGUCAUAUUUUCAGUGUGUGAAAUUCGUCAGUAGUGUGCGUGCGAAGGUAUUCGCUUGUCGCGUUGCGGUGCGUGUGCCUUCUACAAAUUGACUUUCAUCGCCUCAGCCGUCGGCGGGGCGACCGCGUGCGGAACAAUCGCGCGCAGCGGCAACAGCGCGAGCGCGGGGCGGCGAGGCUCGGCGCGGGUGGCGGCCAGUGGGCACACCGGCGGCAAGACGGACAGCGCGCGGCAGCCGGGGCCCGCGCGCAGCGCCUCGGGGCGGGCGCCCGUCCCCCCGCCGAGGCGACGCUGGGUCCCGCCCUCCUCGCUGCGACACCACGAUGUGCUCGACGGAGAUGCCAAGCACGACAUCAUAUUCCGGAAGGUUCGCGGUAUCCUCAACAAGCUCACACCCGAGAAGUUCCAAAAGCUGAGCGAUGACUUGCUCGGGCUCGAACUCGACUCGGACAAGGUGCUCAAGGGCGUCAUCCUUCUCAUCUUCGAGAAGGCGCUGGACGAGCCCAAGUACUCGUCCAUGUACGCGCAGCUGUGCAAGCGGCUGAGCGAGGAGGCGCCCAACUUCGAGCCGCCCGGCCAGCCCUGCACCUUCAAGCUGCUGCUGCUCAACAAGUGCCGCACCGAGUUCGAGAACCGCGCUCAGGCCUUCGCCGCGUUCGAGGACAAGGCCCUGAGCCCGGAAGAGGAGGAGAAGCGGCAUCUCGCCAAGUGCAAGAUGCUGGGCAACAUUAAGUUCAUCGGCGAGCUCGGCAAGCUGGAGAUCCUGGCGGAGUCGAUCCUGCACCGAUGCAUCCAGAACCUGCUGGCGCGGCGCGCGGCCGCCGACCACCACGAGGACCUGGAGUGCCUGGCGCAGCUGGUGCGCACGUGCGGCCGCGUGCUGGACUCGGAGCGCGGCCGCGGCCUCAUGGAGCAGUACUUCGCGCGCAUCGAGACGCUGUCCGCGUCGCGCGAGCUGGCGCCGCGCAUCCGCUUCAUGCUGCGCGACACCGUGGAGCUGCGCCGCGGCGGCUGGGUGCCGCGCGCCGCCGUCAGCGCCGAGGGGCCCGUGCCCAUCCACCAGCUGCGCGGCGACGACGAGCCGCCGCGGCGCGAGCGCGAGCGCGACCGGGAGCGCGAGCGCGAGCGCGACUCGCUGUUCCGCGGCGGGCUGCGCGCGCGCCCGCUGGACGACGUGCUGGCGGGCCUGAGCCUGCAGCCGGCCGCGGCGCUGGUGCCGCCGGCCGACAAGCUGUUCGGCAACGGCUUCGCGCGCGACGCCUUCCGCCAGCGCUCGGCGCCCAACUACUACCCGCGCCAGCAGCCCUACAAGCAGGCGGCGCCCAAGGAGGCGGGCGGGCGCGCGGGCAAGGCGCGCGUGUACGCCGUGGGCGCGGCGGCGCUGAGCGACGUGCAGAUGCGGCCGGCGGCCAACUCGCUCAUGUUCACCGCCAACCGCCUGUCGCGCCCGCCCGCGCUGCCGCCCGUGCAGCCCAAUAUGCUGACGCCGGCGUUCGCGAGCGCGCCGCCCAUCAUAAAGGAGCCGACUAUCACUAUCAAACCCGCUCCAGACAAAAAGGAUAAACCUAAAAAAGACAAGGGCGUGAACAAGGAGGAGGCGUGCCGGCUGGCGCUGGAGGUGACGGAGGCGCUGGCGGCGGAGUGCGGCGACCCGCGCGCGCCGCCCGACGACGACGCCGGCUGCGCGCCGCUGCGCCGCCUGCAGGAGCUGCAGCUGCCCGACAAGGUGCUGCGGCGCGUGAUCACGUCGGUGCUGGAGCACGCGCUGGCGGCGCCGGGCGGGGCGGCGGGCGGGGAGGCGGGCGAGGGCGCGGCGGCGGCGGAGGGCGCGCGCGCCUGGGCCGCCUGCGAAGUCGUGCGCGCCGUCAAGCGGGCGCCGGUGACGGAGGCGCUGCGCGCGCUGGCUUGCGGCGCGGCGGCGGCGGCGGAGGAGGCGGGCGCGCGGCGCCGGUUGGUGGCGCUGCUGGCGGCGGCGGUGCGCGCGCGCGUGCUGGCGCUGGGCGAGCUGGGCGCGUGGUGCGAGGGCGGCGCGCACCACCCGCUGCUGCUGGACGCGCUGCAGGAGCUGCGCGCGCUGCUGGGCGAGGAGCGGCUGCGGCGGCUGCUGGACGACACCAAGAUCGACCUGGGCUCGUACGCGGUGGCGGCCGAGGGCGCGGCGGCCAUGGAGGCGCUGGAGGCGCGCGGGCUGGGCGCGCUGGUGCCGCAGCUCCGGCUGCAGGCGCAGCUGCAGCGCCAGCUGGCCGCCGAGCCCGCGCCGCAGGCGCUCUACCGCUGGAUCAAGAGCAACGUGGAGCCGGGCGUGCGCGGCAACGCGGCCUUCGUGUCGACGCUGGUGGCGCUGCUGGCGGGCCACGUGACGGGCGCGGCGGGCUCGGCGGCGGCGGGCGCGGACAAGGCGGCGCUGGAGCGCGAGAAGGCGCUGGUGGAGGAGUACGCGCCGCUGCUGACGGCGCUGCUGACGCGGCCCGAGCUGCAGCUGGCGGCCGUGUACGCCGUGCAGGUGCACGCGCACCGCCACCGCUACCCCAAGGGCAUGCUGCUGCGCUGGUUCAUGUACCUGUACAACCUGGAGGUGUGCGAGGAGGACGCCUUCCUGCGCUGGCGCGAGGACGUCACCGACGCCUACCCCGGCAAGGGCGAGGCGCUGUUCCAGGUGAACACGUGGCUGACGUGGCUGCAGCAGCAGGAGUCGGAGGACGAGGAGGCCGAGGACUAGAGCCGCCCUCCGGCCGCCGAGGACUAGACGCCGGCACCGCCCUCCGGCCGCCGACUAGACGCCGGCACCGCCCUCCGGCCGCCGACUAGACGCCGGCACCGCCCUCCGGCCGCCGACUAGACGCCGGCACCACCCUCCGGCCGCCCGCCCCCCCGGCCGCACCGCUUUUAUUUCGCGCUCAUCUCAUAUAAAUAUAAUUAAGCCAAAUAGUUAAAAAUACCUACCUUUGUUACCCUUUAACGCUAGACCCGCCGCGCCCGGCGAAUCCAGUGUUAAAUAGGUCAAUUUUUAGGUUAUACUACGUAAACGAAUAUUAGUAUCUCGAGAUAAUUUUUUGUAGGCCUUUUACUCGAUUUUGAUACUUUUUACAAAUGUAUACAAUGUAUAGUGUUCGUUUGGACGUAUGAUUGCACCCCGAUCUGCCCCCUUCCUGCAGUGAGCGUUUUAGUUAAAAUUGUAAAAUAUAUAUAUAUAUAUGUAUGAAGAACUUAAAUCAAUUUUUAUUAAUAAUAUCAUGAUCAUUUAUUUUCAAUGCUAAAUGGACUUAGUGAUAAACUGUAAGAAUGCUUAAAUUUCAUUGUAUUAUCAAAUUUUAGAAUUUUAUAACUAGAUAAACAAAAAACGAAAAAAAAAGCUAAUAAUUCCCUCGGGCAUAAGAAAUGUAUGUUGAGUGAGUUGUAAAGUUGUGAAGUGAAGCCAGGUUGAGAGCCACAUUGGUCAAUAUGUAUUGUAUUCACGAUGAGAAAUAAACUUCAGUGUAAUUUAUUACUGAAAUGGUUUUCAUUAUUUUUCAAAAUGUUCUUUAGGCACCGUGACGGCUGACGGUAGUGUUUAAUGCAUUGAUUUUACUGGCGGUAAUAAAAAUAAAACUUAUUGAACAAACAAAA